AUGCCACUGCUAGAGGCGCCUGCCGAGUAUCUGGAGUCCUCGCCGGAUCACUCCCUCCAGGCGGAGCUACCGCUCCUUUUGGCCCCUCCAGGUCCUGCGGCCUUGGCCCAGGUUCGGAUGCCUCCGCCUGAGGUACGACUCAACCAGCCGAAUCCCGCCCAGCAGCACCAGAGGACCCAGUUCAACCGUCGGCAACUGGCCCGCCGGAACUCCUUCGACCGGGAUGUGCCCAUUGCCGAGGAGGCGCAGCACCUUCCGGCCUUCGUGCACCUACUGCCCGUGGUCUUGCCCCAACAGGCCCCGGAACCGACCUUGGACGAGCUGCUGCGGCGAGUGACCCAGCGAACUGACCUCGAGGCGGUGGAGUCGGUGCGCCUGCGCGUGAUCUCCUACACGAUCAGCCUGUCCCGCCUGUCGCUCUUCCUGCCGCGUCUCCAAAGCCUCGACCUGAGUGGCAGUGUGCUCAGCUCGCUGCGGGACCUGGGCUACGGACUGCUCCAGCUGACCCGGCUGGACAUCAGCAAUUGCGGCCUGAACAGCUUCGAUGGCACCAGCGGGCUGCCGGCCAUCCGGGUGCUGAUCGCCGACGGAAACAUGAUCCAACGGGUGGACCCACUGGCCGAACUGGGCCACCUACGGGUUCUGAAGGCCAGGAACAACCGGAUCAGUGAACUGGGCCUGCUCUCCUUUCUGGGCAUGUGCCCGCAGCUUCAGGAGGUCGAGUUGCAGGGGAAUCCCGUGUGCCGGCUGCCUCUCUACCGCUCGCUUCUUGCGCGCAGUGUGCCCACAUUGCAGCUGCUGGACGGCCGGGUUUUGAACGCUCCAGCAGCUCCGGCGGAGAUGCCCGAGGACGGCCCGUCCCCGGGCUCCAGCGACAUGGAGUCCGGUUCAGAGGGGGUACCCCAACGUCCGGCCACCGCUCCCGCUCCCGCUCACGCUCCAGAGCCCGUUCAGAUCACCCUAAGUCCCGGCAUUCGGCGGCAAAUGUCGGUCAGUUCCGCCUCCACUCCGGUGGCCGGAUCCGUUUUGGGCCUGGUGCGCCAGCGCCGGAGGCGCAGUGGCCACGCCUGGGUGAGCUCCUCCUCCUCCUCCAGCGGAUCGUCGUCCGCCUCGUCGGCCAGGUCCACUCGGGCGCCUUCGAUGAGCUCCGGCUCCUCCAACAGCAGUCUCGACGUCCAGUCAUCCACUUAUGCCUUCAGCGCACAGUCAACGCUGGAAUAG